GUGUGCAAUGUGAUGAUUUGAUGUGCGUCUGCACUGUGACGCGGUCACCACCAUCGAGCUAGCGGACACGCCCACCCUCACAGAGGUGCCUUGUGUGUGGUGGAAGCACCUAGGAUCUACUCUUAGCAAGUUUCAUGCGUUCUGUUUGUGAGCUGGAGUCGCCCGCUGACCACCAGGUCUCCCAGACUCAUCCUGCAGAGCUGCAACCGUGCUGUUCGACCAGCUUCUCCGCGUCCCCACCCUGAGCCCCAGGCAGUCCAGUUCUACUUUGUUUCUGGCCAUCCCCGCAGCAUCUGCUCAGGAACUCUGGCUGUGCCUUGGGUACAACGGGCACCCUGGGAGCAUGGCAGACGAAGACCUCAUAUUUCGCCUGGAAGGCGUUGAUGGAGGCCCAGCCUCCGGGCCCGGCCACGGCGGGGACUGUGAUGCAGACAGCGACGACGAGGAGGGCUACUUCAUCUGCCCGCUCACCGAUGACCCCGGGGCACACCAGAACGGCAGCCCCUCGGUUAAUAACUACUGCAGCAACCUAGUGAAAAGGGAGCAGUACAGUUUCAGUGCGUCCCCGGGGGGCUCCUUCAAUUUUAAGGAAGCUUGGAAGCAAGCCAUCGAGAAGGCCAAGCACAUGCCUGACCCCUGGGCUGAGUUCCACCUGGAGGACAUUCCUGCCGAAUAUGCCACUCGUCACAGGUACAACGCUGUCACCGGCCAGUGGCUGGAGGAUGACGUCCUGAUCAAGAUGGCCUCUCAGCCCUUCGGCCGUGGAGCAAUGAGGGAGUGCUUCAGGACGAAGAAGCUGUCCAACUUCCUGCACACCCAGCAGUGGAAGGGGGCCUCCAACUACGUGGCAAAGCGGUACAUCGAGCCGGUGGACAGGGAUGUGUACUUCGAGGAUGUACGUCUGCAGAUGGAGGCCAAGCUCUGGGGAGAGGAGUAUAAUCGGCACAAGCCCCCCAAGCAGGUGGACAUUGUGCAGAUGUGCGUGUUGGAGCUGAAGGAGAGGCCGGGCACACCCCUCUUCCACCUGGAGCACUACAUCGAGGGCAAGUACAUCAAGUACAACUCCAACUCGGGCUUCGUCCGUGAUGACAUGCGCCUGACCCCGCAGGCCUUCAGCCACUUCACAUUUGAGCGUUCCGGCCACCAGCUGAUUGUGGUGGACAUCCAGGGUGUGGGCGACCUCUACACCGACCCGCAGAUCCACACUGAGAAGGGCACUGACUUUGGAGAUGGCAACCUAGGUGUCCGGGGCAUGGCGCUCUUCUUCUACUCCCACGCCUGCAACCGCAUCUGCAGGAGCAUGGGCCUCGCGCCCUUCGACCUUUCGCCCAGAGAGCAGGACGCCGUGAACCAGAGCACCAGGCUGCUGCAGUCAGCCAAGACCAUCUUGAGGGGAACAGAGGAAAAGUGUGGGAGCCCCCGAGUGAGGACCUUCUCUGGGAGCCGGCCACCCCUGCUGCUGCGCCUGUCGGAGAACUCUGGAGACGAGAACAUGAGUGACGUGACCGACUCUCUCUCGUCCUCCCCGUCCUCGGCCACUCCGCACAGCCAGAAGCUGGACCACUGGCCUGUGUUCAGUGACCCUGACAGCAUGGCUCCCCAAGACCACAACCAUCUGGACAACCAUCGGGACUCUGAGAACAGUGGGGAUAGCGGAUACCCCAGUGAGAAGCGGGGUGAGCUGGAUGACCCAGAGCCCCAAGAACAUGGCCACUCAGACGGUAGCCGGAGGUGCGAGUCGGAUGAAGACAGCCUGGGCAGCUCCGGACGGGUCUGUGUGGAGAAGUGGAAUCUCCUUAACUCCUCCCGCCUCCACCUGCCGAGGCCUUCAGCCGUGGCCUUCGAAGUGCAAAGGCUUAAUACUCUGGACCUUGAAAAGAAAAUCGGGAAGUCCAUUUUGGGGAAGGUCCAUCUGGCCAUGGUGCGCUACCAUGAGGGUGGGCGCUUCUGCAAGAAGGACGAGGAGUGGGACCGAGAGUCGGCCGUCUUCCACUUGGAGCAUGCAGCUGACCUGGGCGAGCUGGAGGCCAUCGUGGGCCUGGGACUCAUGUACUCGCAGCUGCCCCACCACAUCCUGGCUGACGUCUCUCUGAAGGAGACGGAAGAAAACAAAACCAAAGGAUUUGAUUACUUACUGAAGGCAGCGGGAGCUGGCGACAGACAGUCUAUGAUCUUGGUGGCACGAGCUUUUGACACUGGCCAGAACCUCAGCCCAGACAGGUCCCAGGACUGGCCAGAGGCUCUGCGCUGGUACAGCAGCGCCCUGGAGACCACGGACUGUGACGAGGCCGGGGAGUACGACGGGGUGCAGGGCGAGCCCCGGCACGUGCUGCUGGCCAGAGAGGCCGAGAUGCUGCUCGCGGGCGGAUUCCGGCUGGAGAAGGACCCGCAGCGAGCAGGCGACUUGUACACCCAAGCAGCCGAGGCCGCGAUGGAGGCCCUGCGGGGCCGGCUGGCCAGCCAGUACUACCAGAGGGCGGAGGAGGCCUGGGCCCAGGCGGAGGAGUGACGUCCAGAAGAAUCUCCGUGGGACAGUCCCCGGCCAAAGGGCUGGUGGGGGGGAGACCCACCAACUUAUUGAGGGGUUGUUUUGGGGAAGGGGCAAGUAUUUUUAGUGUGUUGUAAAGCAACUUUUGUAUGUCAUUCUUUGACCCUUGAAAAUGCCUUUUCCAUCAGCAGAGACAUAGUGACUGUCCCCUAGGGCAGUAUUUGGGGGAAGCGGGGAUUGGAAAAGCAGCCUAAUGAACCAGCAUAUCGUUUGGAGGUUCUUGUCACAAGAUGUAAGAAAGUUUUUCUGCCUUGGAAAAUAUUAGGGCUCUACCCACCAGCGUUUGGAGGCCGGUCUGCGGUCUCAGGCCCACAGAGCUGGUGUCCCGAGCCGCGUGGAAGGUGUUGCUGCACAUGAUCUCUCCACGGGGCGUGUGUGGUGUGACGGGGUGCACAGCCUCCCCUCGGCGCUCUGGAAGCGUGCGUGGCCCCUUCUGCCACGGUGGGGGCCCGCACUCUUUCUCAUAUUUCUACUUAACUUCCUUCCUGAAGUGCAACUGAUCUCCUGGAAUACAGCCAAAAUCCAUUUUUAAGCAUGUUUUGUACAGUGGACUUUACAAAACUAGUGUGGCGUGUGUGCAUGCCCAUUCCCACCUCUGACCGCCCCAUCAGCUGGCGGGCGUGGUGUGCCCGAGGCACUGGCCGGAUGAGGCUCACAGGGAAGCCCGUCCCCCAAGCAGCCGGGCGCCCCGCAUCUCUGGCCGCAUCCGCAGCGUGACGCCAGCACCCCUCGUACAGGACCCCCUCGUGCCCUCCGCACCGCUGUGCAGCCCUGGUCCUGGCACCUCCGGCUCCAGCCAGGUUGAUUCGCUUCUCAUUCACAGCACGUGGUUUCAGCAGGGGCACCUGGAGAUUUAUCUACCACGGUGGAGAGUGAGAAGGCAAGAACUGACCACACUCAUCGAGGCCAGCGGUUUCCACACGGCCAGGCUGUGGCUAACUGUACAUAAUGAGCUUUUUUCUUUAAGAAGAAUCCCAUGAACAUCAGUAUGAUUUCAGUCGGUACUUUAAAUAGCAAAGGGAACGGACUGCUUCCACCAAGCCCACGUGAUUGAGGAGCUUCUCCUCCUUGGUUUAAAAGUCUGACCGUAAAGCAGGGUGUGACAUAUAAAUCGCUCUGAUCAGUUCAUCGGAAGAGGGCCUUGCGGUGGGGCUGGGAACCUGUGCAAACAUGGGGUUCCGAAGUCCAGAGCUGAGCUGAAGUCACCUUGAGAAGUCCUUUAGAGCACCUGUAAAUGACAGUAUCCCUCGUUUGUACGUGGACUUGUCACAGCCUUCAUAAAUCGGAGCUGACCACACUUUCCAUUAGCAGCAGAUGCGGUAGUCGCUUUUUGUUUUAAACUGGUGCAUACAGUUAAAUUGCUCGCGUUAAAUGUAAGGCAGCAACUUGCGACACAUCUCUUCCAAGUGAUCAAGCCUCAUGUAGUUCAUGCUCCUUUGUGCUCAUUAAUUCAGCCUCUCUCUCUCUCUUAUGCAAAUCAUUUGUUCCCUACCCUCUCUCAUUUCUUGGUUAUGUACCAGUGCUUCCCUUUAACACGGACUGGCAAACUCUUGUAAGGGACCGGAUGGUAAGUAUUUCCGGCUGUGUGGGCUGUGUGGGCUCUGCAGGGCUCAGCCCUGCCUGGUGGAGCACCCCUGCCCUGGAUGAUACCUGGAGGAGUGGACGUGGCUGGUGUUCCAGUGAACUUUUAUUACAAAGCAGGUGGCCUACCUGGUGUAGUCUUCCCACCCCGCUCUAACCCUUGACUGGGAGCCACUGCGUUAAGUCCUGGGCAUGAGCCAGCUCAGUUUCUGACCUCCAGGGCUCAAACGCACCGGGCCUUGGCACAGAGUAGGCGCUCCAUCAGUGUGAACAAACGGAGAGCCAGCCCGUCACUGCACUCUUUGUAGCUCUGGUCUCUCCACCAGCUCAUGAGCAUUGUCUGCAUUGUCUGGACCCACCACCCCCGCUGCGUUUCCACCCGCAUGGCCUUAAUGUCAGCAGGGGUGACCUGUCCUCCAGGGGGUAAGAGGGCCUGGAUAUGGAGUGAAGCAGAUGCUCCUUUAAAGACCAUUGAGAGUACAAUGAUCUGUAGGGUGCUGAGAUUCUUCUGAGCCAGCAGAAGAACUUCACCUUCAAAACCUAGUUUUGUGCCUUCUAAAGCUGGUUGGGCCCGGCCAGUGUGGCUCAGUGGUUGGGCAGCAGCCCAUGCACCUAGAGGUUGUUGGUUCAAUUCCCAGUCAGGGCACAUGCCCAGGUUGUGGGCCCAAUCCCCUGUCGGGGGCUUGCAGGAGCCACUGAUCGAUGUUCUCGCUCAUCGAUGUUUCUAUCUCCCUCUCUCUUCUUCUCUCUCUCAAAUCAAUAAAGAAAAAAAUCUUUAAAGCUGGUUAGGGCCUCUUUUUCCAUAAAUGCAAAUAACAAGAACACCCCCACCCCACCCCAAAUACCCAAGACGGUGCAGCCCAACUGGAAACUCAGACUGUGUUCAAGUGCAAGAAGCAGGUGACGAUCAGGGAGAUUAGAUAAGUAGAGUUGGGGGUGUCAUCUGGUACCUUCAGUCUAAGGAAAAAAAUUGCCCUGGCCGGUUUGGCUCAGCAGUUAGAGUGUUGGCCCGUGGACCAAAGAGUCGUAGGUUCGAUUCCAGUCAAGGGUAU